AUGUCCUUUCCGUCCACGUCUUCGCCUUCGCUGAGCACGCUCCUUCGUCCGUUUGUGCAGCUCUCGUAUCCGGUCCCCCGCCCCGCCAAUCCAGACAGCUUUCCAAACGCAAACUACUACGAUAUAGGCAUUCUCGAUGGUUGCUUUAUCAUUUCUACCAUCGCCGUCUUUGCUGUCCUUCGCGAAAUCGUUCGACUGCAUAUCAUGACCCCGUUUGCCAACAAGGUCCUCUUUGGCAGCACAAGGGGCUACAUUUCGCGCUCCAAAACAUCCAGAUAUACCAACGGGAGCGCUGCCAACGGCCAUGCUACCAACGGCCAUGCCAAUGGCCAUCACGCCGGAAACGGCCACUACGCCGCCCGCCAAAUCUCUGCAAAGAACCGGGUCCGCGAGCGCAACGUGAUUCGCUUUGCUGAACAAGGUUGGGCCAUUGUCUACGCUUCUGUCUGGUGGUGCUUUGGACUCUACAUCCAUCUCUCACUCCCUACUUCGCCUUGGAAUUUGGACUAUCUCUGGAUCGGUUUCCCACACAAUCCGCUUCCCGGCCCGCUCAAAGUCUACUACCUCACCCAAUGCGCAUUCUGGAUCCACCAAGUUCUCAUCCUUAAUGCCGAAGCACACCGAAAAGACCACGUGCAGAUGAUGGCUCACCAUGUGAUCACCGUCUGCCUAGUGUACCCGAUCCUGCGGCCGAUCACUUUUGUUCCCAAUACCCAGGAUCCGAUCACGGUCAAACACUACUAUGCGUUUAAUGCAUUGUUGGGCGCGCUCGAGGUGCUCAUGAUGGUCUGGUUCAUCUCUAUUAUAAACGUGGCCUGGUCCGUCCUUCGAGGAAAGCCCGCAGAGGACGUCCGAAGUGACGAGGAGUUGCCAGACAGUAGCGACGAGGAGGAUCACGAAGAGAAAAAGUGCAAGUGA